GCAGCCGUCUAUCGUAUCGCAUUCGCUCCUUGGCCUCCAUCUUUUUUUUUCAUCCUUCUCUUUUAUUAUCUGCGCCCGUCCCUCACUUUAUCUAUUUCAUUCCAUCGAGCGGUCUUGCUGGUACCGUCACCAUGUCGUGGAAGCUGACCAAGAAGCUCAAGGACACGCACCUCGGCCCGCUGAGCGCGUUUUCCCGGUCGCCGUCGACUUCCACCAUCACCGACAAAGAUGAAAAGGGGACCAGCCCCGGCGCCACCACGCCGACCAGCGAGACUGUUCCCGGCGGCGCAGAGGCCCUGUCACAAGCGCCGGUCGUCAAGAAGCCCGGCAUCUUGGUCGUUACCAUCCACGAAGGCCAGGGCUUCUCUCUGCCCGAGCAACACAGAAGCGCAUUCGCAUCCAGCCACCAGAGCUCGCGCUCCUCGGGCGGCGCCUUGACCGGCUCUGUGCGCCCAGAUUCCCAGCGCAUUGCUGGGUCAUAUAGCAACGGCGCGAGGCCGCAUUCUUCUGGCGGCGGAUUUGGCCUUUUGCCGACCAACCACGGCCGCAUUUCCGGCAAAUACAUGCCCUAUGCGCUCAUCGACUUCGACAAGGUGCAGGUGUUUGUCAAUUCGGUCGAAGGAAACCCCGAGAACCCCCUGUGGGCUGGUUCAAAUACACAGUACAAGUUUGACGUUUCAAGAGUGACGGAGCUGGUGAUUCAUCUGUACAUGCGGAACCCUGCUGCCCCCCCUGGGGCCGGACGAAGCCAAGACAUCUUCCUGGGCGUGGCCCGGAUAAACCCCAAGUUUGAGGAGAGACAGCACACCACCGACGACGCAAAGGCUAGCAAAAAGGACCGCGAAAAGGCGUCCGAUGCCCAGCGCCAAAAGGGAGAGGGCCAUGCUGGCGUUGAGUGGGUCGAUGUCCAGUACGGCACGGGCAAGAUCAAGGUUGGCGUCGAGUUCGUGGAGACACGGGCGGGAAAGCUCAAGAUUGAAGACUUUGAACUGCUCAAGGUGGUGGGCAAAGGCAGUUUCGGCAAGGUGAUGCAGGUGCGCAAGAAGGACACGAACCGUAUUUACGCGCUCAAGACGAUUCGAAAAGCGCACAUCAUCUCUCGAUCAGAGGUCGCCCAUACCCUGGCCGAGCGGUCUGUGCUGGCGCAGAUUAACAAUCCCUUCAUCGUCCCCCUCAAGUUCAGUUUCCAAUCGCCCGAGAAGCUGUAUUUUGUUCUGGCCUUUGUCAACGGAGGAGAGCUCUUCCACCAUCUGCAAAAGGAGCAUCGCUUUGACGUUAACAGGUCAAGGUUUUACACUGCAGAGCUUCUGUGCGCUUUGGAGUGCUUGCACGGAUUUAGCGUCAUCUACCGAGACUUGAAGCCGGAGAACAUCUUGCUGGAUUACCAGGGCCAUAUUGCGCUCUGCGAUUUCGGCCUCUGCAAGCUGGACAUGAAGGACGAGGACCGAACGAAUACGUUCUGCGGUACCCCUGAAUACCUCGCCCCCGAGCUUCUGCUUGGCCAGGGAUACAACAAGACUGUCGACUGGUGGACGCUGGGCGUUUUGCUCUACGAAAUGUUGACUGGCCUCCCCCCCUUCUACGACGAGAACACCAACGAAAUGUACAGAAAGAUUCUGUCUGAGCCGCUGCAUUUCUCCGACGUAGUGCCCCCGGCUGCCAAGGACCUUUUGACCAAGCUGCUGAACCGGGACCCAAAGAAGCGACUUGGUGCUAACGGCUCGGCCGAGAUCAAGGCCCAUCCGUUCUUCCACGAUAUUGACUGGCGCAAGCUCCUACAGCGCAAGUACGAGCCUACAUUCAAGCCCAGCGUGGCGGAUGCCAUGGACACAACCAACUUUGACGACGAUUUCACAGGAGAAGUCCCCCAGGACUCAUAUGUAGACGGACCUAUGCUAUCACAGACGAUGCAGGACCAGUUCCAAGGAUUCAGCUAUAACCGCCCGAUUGCGGGCCUGGGAGAUGCCGGCGGAAGUGUCAGGGACCCCUCGUUUGUGGGCAGCCUCCAGGACAAUUGAGCUUUUCAGGGCAGCAUUUUAUUUUCGGCGAAUACCAAUUUGAGUUGAGAACUAGACUAGAAGCAUGGAUUUGAAGCGAAUGGGAGGAUGAAGGCGAAGAAGUGACUUGAGCGCGACUGUUUUGAUGCCAUGGCUUUCAUCAAGACUACCAAGCGAAGCUGAGGGGACAGAGAAAGCGUUGCGGGAGGAGGGAUGUGAGGCUCGGGUUCAUAUUUGGCUUGAAACAAUGCAUGAGAACCACAUGUUAUAUGGAGUUUUAGCAGGAAUCAUGAUUUUUAUCAGCCCUUUACCUUUGUUUGUCUCUGCGACUGGAGUGACAAGAACUAAAAUUGCAGCCAACUGUAAGGCAUGGAGCUGGCCAAUGUUAUAUCCCGUCUUGUCGGUGCCUAUCCAAAAAGUGCCAAGAAUCAAUUAGGCAAAUGCGGAUGCAGCAUCAUUAGAAGUUGUUCUUGUAAGGGAGGAUGCAAGUUGAAGCUGAAUCAAAUUGCGGCAUGUCAGCACGUGUAUACACGUAUAAUUCCCAUACGUCCCCACCAAUACUUGAUACCUAGAUUCCUUCUGCCUUGAAGUCUUGAAGACUUGAUUAAGAAAUUCAUGUACGGCAACGACAGCGUAGAGGC